GUGGUCUACGCCGAGCCGUGCCGUUCUGGCGGUGUAACUGAGUAUUCUCAAGGAAAGCAAGGAAAUCUAGGCCUGAGAAACAGGCCAUGGAAAGGAAUGACAUCAUUGACUUCAAGGCCUUGGAGAAAGAGCUGCAGGCUGCGCUCACCGCUGAUGAGAAAUACAAACGGGAGAAUGCUGCCAAGUUACGGGCAGUGGAACAAAAGGUGGCUUCCUAUGAGGAAUUCAGGGGUAUUGUCCUUGCAUCACAUCUGAAGCCACUGGAGCGGAAGGACAAGAUAGGAGGAAAGAGGACUGUACCCUGGAACUGUCACACUACUCAGAGAGGGACCUCUCAGGAUGAGACCACUGAAAUCACCCAGGUGAAAACACUUUUCCAGCCUGAGACCUCCGCAGAGUUCUACCGUGAUUGGCGGCGGUAUUUGCGGAGUGGGCCAGAGCGCUACCAGGCCCUGCUGCAGCUCGGAGGUCCAAAACUGGGUCAUCUCUUCCAGACGGACGUGGGGUUUGGACUUCUAGGGGAGCUGCUGGUGGCACUGGCUGAUCAUGUGAGGCCAGUCGACCGGUUGGUGGUACUAGGGAUCCUGCGCAGCCUGGCGGGCACUGGGCGCUUCACUCUGAACCUGAGCCUGCUGAGCCAUGCGGAGAGAGAGAGCUGCAGAGUCCUGUUUCAGAAGCUGCAGGCCAUGAGUGCUCCCAGAUCCACAAAGGGGGGCUUCAGUCAGGCGGAGUGGGGUCUGGAGGAGCAGCCUGGUGUGCUCCAGGAUGAGGAGAGGCUCCUGCAAGAGCUGCUAGGGGUAUACCGGAUGGAUUGAUGGGGUCAGUUGCCUUCAGAGGACCCCAGUGGCCCCUGAAAGCAUUUUUUGUUUGUUGAAGGGGGCUCUUCAGGACUGUAAUGAGAAGCCCACACCUAAUCCCCUUCUCAACUUGGAAUUUUCAGAGCAGAUGCAGGAAUCGAAUCUUCCCCAUUUCUCAGGGCACCCUGGAGGCACAAUAUUCUGUACUAUGUAGAUCAACAGGAUGGACAAGGGCCCAAGAACUUGAAAGAAUUUUGCUUGCCAUCCUUAGAGUCAACCAAGCCUCCCAUAGGCUCCGAGAGAUGAGUGUGUGUCCAACCAAAUGCUGGCUAUACCCGUUGAAGCGUCUAUUCAAAAUAAUAGUAGCAGUAGUAAUAGUAAUAAUAGUAAUAAAUAAGAAGAGGAAAGAAAAGAAAAAUAAAAAACAAAUUCAUUCAUCUUCCAUGGUAAACAAAUACUGAUCUCCACAGCUCUUAACAGGAAUAUCCCAAACCAGUGAAUGGACAUUUAAUUGGCAAAUAAUCAGAUGCUACCUCAUUGAGGUAUACUAUUUUCCUCAGGGGCUGAAUUCCUGCACUGGGGAGCCUGGGAAAGCCCCAAGCCAUCAGCUUAGGUCUGGCCAGCCUCCCAGGCUUCAGAUGGCCAGAUGUGCAGGCAGGUGAGUCUUCUUCAAUUCCUGGAUUAACCAAAGGGAAGACCUUUCCACUAACCAGGCAGGUAGGGCCUGAAGCAGGAAGGCAGAGAUUUUCCUGUUCUGGCACCUGUGCCCUUGCUUCUCAUUCCGGUUUCUCUUGACCCAUUCUUGGGCGAGUGCCAGUGUUCUAGAAAGGGGAGAGAGGGCUAGGUUCUAGAAUGGUUUUCCCUCAAGAUCACAUCUGGAAUAUGAGAAGGGCAUCUUGUACAUCAGCUGGGAAUAAAUUGCCUGGCCUUUGGCCAC